CCUCCUUCACAUUAACUAAACCCUAGCAGAGAUGAUGUUUUGUAUGUAUAAAAUAAAUUGAUUGAUUCAUCUGACAAUAUAAUAUGGUAAUCUGUCUUGUUAUGAUUAGAUGAUGUUCAGGGCUUUGUUUAGUGGUGAUAUUAAUCAAUCACGGUGGGAGUCAAACCCACAUUUGCUAGCUUUCUAUUUUGAUGACGUAAUUAUGUCAAUUGAUUAUUUUGUGAGUGCAAUAAUGUUCAAUAUUUAAUAUCUUUCCUAUUUAAAAUAUGUAAAUGUUUAUUAUUUUGGUUGCAUUUAAAUAUUUUAAAUUUGUAAAGUUAAAACUUGAAUAUUUAAGAGUAAUCAAAGUAUUAAACUAAAAUAUUUGUUUAUUUUUUAUAUUGUUCGCUUUGUUUCGAUGAAGGGUUCGCUUCGUUUCUCGCCUAGGCCCUCAGGAGACCGGUUUGCUUUACGCCUUAAAUAACAUUGGUGCUAUUUUAUAAUUGCUUAUCGUAAUUCUUACGUGAUAAUGUAGGAGAUGACUCUUGAAGAGUAUGAGAAGGUGCUCGAAGAGAAGAGGAAGGCUCUUCAAACACUUAAAACCCAGGAAAGGAAGGUUGAUGUCAAGGAGUUUGAAUCCAUGCAACAAAUUUCAAACAAGAAGAACAAUGAUGACAUUUUUAUCAAACUGGGCUCUGACAAGGAUAAGCGAGCCGAGAAAGAAGAAAAAGCCAAGAAGGAGAUGACUCUUGAAGAGUAUGAGAAGGUGCUCGAAGAGAAGAGGAAGGCUCUUCAAACACUUAAAACCCAGGAAAGGAAGGUUGAUGUCAAGGAGUUUGAAUCCAUGCAACAAAUUUCAAACAAGAAGAACAAUGAUGACAUUUUUAUCAAACUGGGCUCUGACAAGGAUAAGCGAGCCGAGAAAGAAGAAAAAGCCAAGAAGGCUGUCAGUAUCAACGAGUUCUUGAAGCCUGCGGAAGGGAAGAGUUACUAUAGUCCUGGUGGUCGUGGUCGUGGGCGUGGACGUGGUGGCAGAGGCAGCUACAGUGGAGGUGGUAGAACGAGCAAUGUGGAAGCACCUGCCAUUGAAGAUCAAGGGCAGUUCCCAACCUUAGGUGCCAAGUGA